AUAUAUGUGAGGCAGGUUUUGAGCUGCAGAAUAAUACUUGCGCUGAGUGUAAAAUAGGCUUCUACAAAAACAUAUCAAGUGCCAACACCACUGCUUCUAUUGAGGAAAGAUGGAACUGCACGGCCUGUGGUGGAAAUUUGACCACCUUAAAUAGAGGGACUGUAUACGAAGAGGGCUGUAUAGAGCAUUGCGAAGAAGGACUCUACUUGGCUGACAAUGGAACAUGUGUUCUUUGCGACAUUGGAUAUUUCAAAAACACCUCAAGUAAAAAUGUUACGUUAAGUGAAAAUUUAAGAUGGAACUGUACUAAGUGUCCGAAUGGUAAAACUACAAGCGCACUUGGAUCCCUUGAAUGCGUGGAAACUUGUAAGAAGGGUGAAGAAUACAACGAAACAACAAAAUCAUGUAAAAAGUGCAAAAUAGGCACUUACAAGAACCUCACUGGAAGCCACAUUAAGUGCUUUGUUUGUCCAGCAAACUACACAACUAGACAACCGGGGAAAACUAGUCUAAAUGAUUGCAAAAAAGCCGAUUGCAAGUGUCCAUGUGACAGAGUCCAUCCAGUAAGAAAUUAUACAAGUGCAGAACUGGCGCAGGUGAUACAUACGAUGAAGAAAGAGCUGGAAGUCAACAAGGCAAAGUUAUCGUCUGAGCUGAGGAAGAAGAUCAGCGUUAUGGACAACCGCCCGUCUGCUCGAUCUCUGGGAGCGGUUGGUGUCGCCAUUAUCUCGGUCGUUUUUAUAUUCCUAUUUGUAUUGGACUCGAUUGUACUCUUGAAGCACUUGGUCAACGCCAUAAAGAAUUGCUUUGCUAGAAACUGAAUGUUUUACUAAAACACGCCAGAUUUCAAAAAUGAGGUGGGAGAACGAUGUUUUGUGGUUUAACUGUAUACCAUGUUUCUGUAACAGAGCCCAUUGCUCUGGAAGUACUAGUACUCGAUGAGAGUUAUUUUUAAACUUUGACUUGACGUCAAAAUCGGUUUUUUUUAAA